GUGAGGUUCCAGGCCCGAGGCAGCAAACAGAGCGAGAGAACCCGAGUCUGUGCCUGCGCUCCCGGGAGGGUGACAGCAGGUUCCGAGCCCUUCCCUGCCCCAAGAGAGAGGCUGUCCUCCGUCCCUGUCCCUCCCUCCAGAGGAACCCCCAACCUCUGGGAACCUCUGGGGUUCCCCCGACCUCGGCAGUAGGGCAGCGUUCAGAGGGACAAGGAAAAGUUUCCCAGUGGGUGAAAGAAAGCCGGAAAGGGACCAGCCAUGUCGAACGUAAUGUAUAAUAAAAUGUGGCACCAGACCCAAGAAGCCCUCAAUUCUCUGCUUGACAAUGAGUCUCAGAAGAUGACCGAACCCCAGGGAAAUAAGGUCAUAGUCUUUCAGAUGUUAGCCACCUUCUACAUAAAGUAUGUGCAGAUCUUCAGGAACAUGGAGAAUGUCUACGAUCAGAUAGUCCAUCCACAGAAACGCUUGCUGAUCCGCAAGAUCCUGGAUGCAGUGAUGGGUCGAAUUCUGGAACUGAAGAAUGAGAUGGUAGAGUUGGAAAUGACAGAGUUCCAUUAUUUUGAUGAUAUCUUACAGGACCUGAAGUUGGCUCCCCAACAGCUGGACGUCCCCAUACCCAGGUACUUUGUGAAGGAGAGGUUGGAAGUCAUAAAAGAAAGAGAGAAGAUCCUCUCUCAGAUCUUAAGCGAAUGUGGACUGAACCUUGCCGAUUCGAAAUAUGCUGCAAAGUCCAUACCAAUGGAAGAGGCUAUUAAACUGAUCCAGGUCGCAGAGCGGGCGAGGCAGGGCCGCCUCAGGGCGCUGUUCAUGAAGCAGAUCUACCUUCAGGAGUGCAGAGCCAAGGAGAUCAAGCUGCUAGGACGCAAAGCAGCAGACACCGGUGUGGCAGCCCUCCAGAUUCAGAAAGUGUGGCGAGGUUUCAUCCAAAACAGGAAGACGCUGAAGGCUCGGGAAGAUGAGAUGGUGUUUCUGGGCAUGAAACCACCCCCUUACUUCAACGACAUCAGUGCUGCCAUCGUCCAGUCUGAAAAGGUGAAGCACCUGCGCAAUGAGGUGCAGCAAAAGCAUGAAGAGAACUACAAGAAAGCCUUAGUAAGCAUCAAGGAGGAACUGAAGGCGAUGGAAGGCUUGGGAAUCAAGGAGCACCUUCAAGACCAGAUCCGGCAGUGGUUCAUUGAAUGCAGGAACCUAACAGGUACAUUUCCAGAAUACCCCAAUGAGGAAGAAGGGGGCUCAGCUGUCAUUUUUACCAACAAGACCCCAGAACAGGUUGUCGAGGAUAUCCUAGCUAACCAAGAGGAGGAAGAAAAACUCAAAAAGAAAAAGAAAAAAGAAGAAAGGGAGACUAGGGUCCAAAGACGCAAAAUUGAUGAGAAGAAAGGCUCCCAAAAAGACAAAUUGAAGGAAGAAGAUGAGGAAUGGAAAAUGUCACCAAGUCUUUUCCUUAAAUUGAUGGAGGAAGGAAACAGCUCAUACAAAGAUGUGUGGCUGCACAAAGAUGAAUCUUGGAACUUCCCUCAGGACUAUGACCCAGAGAUUAUCAAGGAGGAAAAGCGGAGGGAGUUAGAGUCGGAGAUAAGGGUGCAGGUUGAUGAACUGAUGAGACAAGAGCUGAAAAACCUUAAGCUAGCUGUGAACAAAGAGAUUGAACUGCCAGGCAAGGCAAAGAAAGCAAAGAAGCAAGGUAAAGGGAAGAAGGGCAGGAAAGGGAAACGGGGAAAGAAGGAUAAAGACCUGACGGCUGACAGGACCAUUGAUUCCCUGUACAAGGAGCUGGUUGAAGAAGGCUUGCUGAUCCAGGCUGUGAAGGUCAACCUCUCUGAUUACAUCGGUGAGUACAGCUACCUGGGGACAACUCUGCGCCAGGUAGCCAUAGAGCCCAUGCCAUCCCUCCUGGAUGUCAGACAGCUCAUCACCCUCUACGGAAUCUUGCCUUUGGGGUCUGCAGAAGUGCACGAGAAAGCUCCCUUGGUGAAGUCUCUGCUGUUGGCUGGUCCCCCAGGGGUAGGGAAGAAAAUGCUGGUCCACGCCAUCUGCACAGAAACAGGCGCUAACCUCUUCAACCUGUCUGCCUCAAACAUCGCCGGAAAGUACCCUGGCAAGAACGGCCUGCAGAUGAUGCUGCACUUGGUCUUCAAGGUGGCUCGCGAACUUCAACCUUCCGUGGUGUGGAUCCAAGACACAGAGAAAACCUUCUACAAAAAAGUCCCGCAGGCUGAGAAGCGGAAUGAACCAAAACGCCUAAAAAGACACCUUCCCAGAAUGCUAAAGCUCCUGAAGCCAAACGACAGGAUCCUGAUCGUGGGGACCACACAGCGCCCCUUUGAUGCUGAGCUCCAGCCAUUCUGCAGAGUGUACCAGAAGAUUAUCCUGGUUCCCAGGCCCGACUAUGCCUCCAGAUAUGUUCUGUGGAAAGAAAUCAUUAUUCGCAAUGGAGGUUUGGUCACCAAUUCACUGAACAUCAGUUGCCUAUCUAAAGUCACUGAUGGCUUCACACAAGGUCAGAUCGUCAAUGUGAUCAAAGAGGUGCUCACGGACCGCAGAAUCCGGCAGCAGGCUCACAAACCGCUCACGGCCAUGGAGUUCAUCACCAUGAUGACCAGCAUGAACCCAGUGUACAAAGAGGAAGAGGAGAGUUUUAAGAACUGGUAUGCCAAAACCCCCCUGGGAAGAAAGCGAAUGUUGUCACUAACGGUUGGCAACAAAGAAAAGGAAAAGGAAAAGGGAAACAAGAAAGUGAAAAAGGAGAAAAGGAAGUAAUGUCUUCCUCAGAAGCAACCCUGAGCAUCUUUGAGAUGGCGAUGGCCCCCACCUCACCGGGGAGAGGCUCACCCCUGCCCACCUGGGAAGCCCAUGGAGAAGCAGAGAUGCAAGCAGCCACCCCAGGAACUGCACUAACCACUGUGUUUUCUUGGUUAUCCUUUAGGAGGCUGAACACCAAGCGAGAUGUCCUUUACAGCCAUUUCUACUGCUUGCCACUGUUCCUUAACUCAUGCAAAGUCUGUCUAUAAUUCAAGUUUGCUUUCCCACAUGCCCCACAUUCUCCCCAGUUUUCACACUUGUCAGUAUUAGGGCCACGAUUACAGCGUAUAGGGAGGUCUCUCCUGGAACGAGAGCACCAUAAUUGUAUUGUUGGCAUGCUAGCUGUUUAUUAACCCAUAUGCACUGUAUAUUUUGUUGCACGUAUUUUAACAAAUUAAUUAUUUGCUGUAGUAAUGAAUAUCACAUAAAUAAAAUAAAGCUGUUAUCCUUGAA